UGGGCGGUGUUGCAAAAGGUGGCUCGCGUCUGCCGGUGUUGAAACAGCUUUUGCAGAGCGGGCGUAUUUCGAGAACUGACCGGAGUUCAAGUGAGCUGGGCGAAUGCCAGCCAUGGCGAGUGGGCUGCAACAAGUUCGCGGGGCUUGGGGGCUUCUUGCCUUCUGCUGCUGCUGCUGCUCCGUGGUCUCCUUUGUGCUGCGGAGUGAGAACGAGCGACCGAUUAUUGGAAUAUUAGCUCAGGAAGCUUUUAAACCUUUUCAGAAGUUUGGAAGUUCUUAUAUUGCUGCUUCUUACGUGAAAUUCAUCGAAUCAGCUGGAGCAAGAGUAGUACCAGUAAGAUUGAAUCGUUCCAAUGAAGAGUAUGAUGAGAUAUUCCGUUCUAUAAAUGGAUUACUUUUUCCAGGAGGUGGUGUCGAUCUUGCAACUUCUGAAUUUUCCAGAGUGGCUAAAAUAUUCUAUACAAAAGCACUAGAGGCCAAUGACAGAGAAGAUUAUUUUCCCAUUUGGGGAACAUGCCUGGGACAUCAAUUGCUCACCUAUCUCACGAGUGGAGAAAACUUGCUCGUUCGGACAAAUACAAAUGGCUUCACAAUGCCACUGAAUUUUACUCAAGCUUCAAAACACAGUAAGAUGUUCCAGGAUUUUCCUGAAGAGAUAUAUGAACGGUUAGCAUCAGAGCCUGUAUCUUCACACUUUCAUUUCUGGAGCCUAUCCAUGCAGAACUACACAAAAAAUGAGAAACUGCGCAACUUUUAUAAGAUUUUGACAACUAAUUUUCAUAAAGUGGAGUUCAUAUCCACCAUGGAAGCAUACAGGUACCCUAUUUAUGGUGUCCAGUGGCAUCCAGAAAAAAAUCCAUUUGAAUGGAAAAAUUCAACCGGCAUUCCACAUUCUUCAAUAUCUAUAAAAGUAACAUUUUUCCUAGCUGACUUCUUUGUCAAUGAAGCCCGGAAGAGCAACCACCAUUUUUCCAGCAAAAAGGCUGAAACUGAUGCACUAAUUUAUAAUUUUAAUCCUGUCUACACUGGGAUCUUUUCAUCUUUUGACCAAGCAUACUUUUUUGAUUAAAUUUCCAGCCUGAAGAAGAAUAUAAGUAGAUUUUAAAAUGAUUUAAUCUUUCUGUUUAAAUUGCUAUAGUGUAUUGUACUGUAAGGACAAACAUUCAGAUUGAGCGUGGCUCUUUGUAGAACUCAUCCUUUCCAUUCCUUUCGGUAGAAUCACUCUUUAUGUUCCAGAGUGGUGACUAAAAGGCUUGUUGUGAAAGCCCUGCAUUCCAUGAACCAUGUGCAGGAAUAAUUCUAAGUAAUAACUGUUCAAUUGAAACACAAAGGAUAUGACUCCCUUAUGGGUUCUAUAAGUAGGAAUGGAUCAGCACUUGUUAGUUUGGGGGUUACAGUAAAUUACACAGGAUUUGAUUUACCAUUUCGUAUUAUUACGGGCUUGGCAAAGAGAGGACAAGUCCUGCAGAAGUAUUUCCCUAACCCUCAGUAGAACUCACAUUGUUCUGAUUUUUAUCUUAUCUGGAGUCGGUAAACACUCUAGCAUUAUAUGUGGUUUAUGUUUGCAUUAAUUGCACAUAUUUCAUUUGAGAAAUUGCACUUAAUUAUUUGUGUUCAUUUAAAACUCUUGUUUAAUGGGAAAAGUUGAAGAGGAUGGCUUUAAUGUGAACGGGAAUUACGACUUUUCCUCUUUGAUCAAAUAACUUCUGCUAUAGUUGUUUCUGUCCACUAAGGAACAGUGUGAUAUAAAAAUUCUCAGGUAACCCAUUCUUGAAUAAAGAACAAAGUUUGUCCUUGGACACACAAAGGAGACAGUUUUCCACAUUCUGAGCCUCCCAUGGGAAUGCCUUUUUAAUCUCAUAUCUUCAGCCUGCCAAUUGCUCUCAAGUCCCUUCCUUUUCUUAUAUCUCCCUGUAUGAUGUUUUAGAGUUUGGAGUAGACAUCCUCAUCCACCCAAACAAUGUUGUAUUUUUUAAUCCCCUUUUUUGAGAUUCCCUUCUUUUAUAUAUCUUUCUUGGAAUAAUGUAGCACUUUAAAAUGUUUUUGCUCUUUU